AGCUUCAUGGCUCUUGCUUUUCCAAUUUGUGGGUCCAGGGCCAUCGUUGUCAGUCUAGAAGUUUCCACAGGUACGGGAAUGAGUAUUUUAUUUUGAGACUCUGCAACGCAGCGAGAGUAGGUUGAGUGUGAUCUUUUUUUUUGACACACGCGGGAGGUUCGUGCGUCGAGUCACCUGCUCGUUUUUUUUACGCUGCCAGAGAUAUGGCAAGUCAGGGUACGGCAUGUGCAGCGUAUAAGCUGUGACUGAAUGGCAACUGUGAGGACCUGUUUCGUAAACUCGGGUAACUCUUCGUUCUGCGCGAGUGCUGUACUAUGCAAUCUUGAGGUUAUAGCAUGUUCCGCCUCGUGAGAACAACAGCGUCAUUGGUCUCGUUUAGCAUGGCAUGAGUGGAUCCAGCUUCUUCCUUCGUGAUGUAGAUCAGGUGGUGGAGUUUAGCUGGUGAAAAUUGCGCACCGUUGUCUGUCUUCAUCACCGCAAGGCACUUGAUCUCGGUACUGACGUACGGGUACAAUGCAAGGCAGUAGUCAAUUUGCGUGCGUCGCGUUUUCUACAGGAGUUGAUGGUUGUUUCCUGUCUCUGUACCGCGAUGUCAAGUGCCCUCUCUCAACGGAACUGUAUCCUGAUAUCGUGUCGACUCGGUCGUCAGAGGUCAAGACCACCUGACGCAAUGAAAGUCUAUGCCCCCGUCUUCACAUGCCGUCGCCAAUUUCUGUACGAAAAAUAUACACGUCGCCGUUGUACUACGCUUGGAGGCCUGGUAGCUUUAUGUGUCAUUUUCACUGCUGAAGCUAUUUCACGGUCACAACAUCCCUACGGAACGUCGAGGAGUGAUUUGAGUCCACCAGCAACUGUGGAUAGCACAAGCUAUGGAAUGUCAAUCCUGGAGGCUGGCGGCCCAUCCGACGAAGUGGCGAUUCCCUCCGAUAGAUUGCAGACUUUUAGAAAUGCGUCUCUCGAUUUUGAUAGGGCUAUUCGCUUCCCUAAUCAGGCGAGUGUGGCUGAAUCAAGGCAACUACGUUUAAUGCAGAUGGGCGAGUGCCAAAACGUCUAUUGGGGAAAAAAAGAGCUCAUUAGCAGGAUCACAGGGAAAUGGAAAAGUGCGCUGCACCCAUCCUGUCACGAGAGCUGGUUCACAUACACUUCCUGGUCGAGAACAAAAACAUGGCGAGAGUGUGCCCAGGCCCUGGACAACUCCUACUUGUAUUUUUCUUGGGUGAGACGUCACAACGAAGCCGAUGGAGCGUGCAUAUGGGUCAAGCCCUCCCGCAGAGACGUUAGCAAGAGCGACGUGGAGGACUGUCUGGUCGAUGUGAAUCCACAAAAAGAAGUUGCCGUAACUGGAAUUGUCGGCAGCCACCACGGAUGCACAACGUGCGAAGUGGGCGAGUGGUCUGAGACCACCUGUGACAGUUGGUGUAAUGAUGGAGUAAAGGGUCGUUUUCGCGAACUAACAGGUCACACGAAUUCGGCUCACUGCAGUACGUCGGCUGAUGCCAACUGCGAUGUAUGUCCGAAUCUGUGGGAAGUUCAACGCUGCAGCACUGCCGUAGAAUGCGCUCAAGGAAUCAAACCAAGAGUCCGUUUCUGUCCCAACGAAGGCAGAGAGUACACGGCUGAAGGCUGGCGCGCCUGUGCCGAACGGUGCCAACGCAAGUUCAAUGCCACGAACGGAGACACGGCGAACCGUGAUACCUUCUACAAGGCCGAAUGUUUCAGAUACUCAUUCAACAAUGACACCUCCGCUUGUAUUCUUAAUCCGCUUCAUGCGUGCCCCGAUGCCGAGUCAGCUAGUGACGUGUUGUGGAUUUCUGGAGACGUUCUGAGCAUGCCCUCGGCCGACUACACAACCGUAACGUGGCAGGAGUGGCAAUCAUGGAGCAGCUGCAGCGAGGUCGACCCGGCAACCGGUUGGAAAAAAAGGACACGACGACCUAAAACAUGGGGGUAUCGUCCGGACAACGUCUUAUCACCGUUGCAGUGGAUAUCCGUCACCCCUUGCGCUUCCAACGUAACACUAACACGAAGUGAACUCGAUCUGGCGAUGAAUCCCAGUGCGAUGUGCUGGGUGUACAGUGACUUCGCGGAUUGGUCGACAGUUUCUUGUGAACCCCGAUGCGGGGCAGACAGGAAAAAGACGAGGGCCAGGGCAGUUCGGCAGAUGCCUGUGGUACAGCCAGAUGGCCGGAUCUCGGAGUCGUGUGCAUCCACUGAAGUUUCACUGGAGGCACGCCAGCAGACGAAGGACUGUCCCGGUUUUGUAUCCUGUGGCACCGGCUGCGUCUUCGGAGAGUGGACGGCAUGGAGCGAUUGCCGGUGCACAGCGGAAGGGUCAACAGCGCGAACGAUUCGCGCGCGAGAACUCGUCUCUGGCUCUAAAGAAUCCUGCACUGGUCUCGAGGAGGAAAGGAAAUGUGAAAAAGUUUGCGAAGAAAGCAUUUUCUCCAAUGGAGUCACUUACGCAGUUGCCGGAGGCAUUGGGCUGGUAGUUGUCAUUGGCUUAGGUUUUAUAGGACGCAAGUUUUAUCGAGCUCUGCCCGCCGAACGGACACGGGACAACUACCUCUAAUUCAGCUUUGAAUUUACUUGCAACGGCAUGGCAGCCAUUUUGUUUUUUAUCAAGAGUGGGCUUGCUUUUGCAGCAGUGUGUGAACUCUGGUUACAGUAUAACUGGUUUGUUGUCGGGAAAGGGUUCCUUCCGUGUUUAAGACGAAGGUGUCGACAGAUGGUUAAGCUCGUCCGGGGCUGCUAUUUGUGGCAGUUUCGGGAAAAAAAUUCACAGCGUCUGCAAGUGGGAACGUAGCAUCGUGAACACUCAUAACAGCUGUUACAAAUCGGGAACAACGGAGCUUGGUUGCAGAGUUGUUUUUUGAACACGCUGCAGAUAAAGAAAAAUCCGGCAUGAUCUGGUAAAUACUAUUUGUAGAAUUUACAUGCCCAAAAUUCGCAUCGAAAGAUGCCAGGAGACGAGGAGGCGGUCGGGCCACCCCUAUCCACUGUUUGCUAACAAGCAACUCGUAUUCUUUGUUCUCACACUGUUUUUAAUUCC